GAAAAGAAGGCAGUCAGUUCGGAAGCGAAGGUCGGAGCGGCUGGUUGGGUGGGGUUGGUGCUGUCAGGAAAUACAGUUCACGUUUUUUCCCUUUAUUUAUUUACAUAUCUAUUUUACGUGUUCUAGUCGAAGUGGCUUGAGAUUUCUGUGUCAAGAUAAUUUAGUGGCUUCAUCUACUUUGGGCCAAGAUGUCUACUGCACGAAUGGUCCACACAGCGGUUGCAGUGCUCUGCGCCGCUGCGGUAUCGGCAACGGUUAGCGGCGUCGAUAGUUUGCAGAGGGUGGGCGUCACUUCUCUGAGCCGUCUGCUGGCGUUGGCGAGCGACGUGGAGCCUCACUCCUGCUGGUGCGAGGACCCCCUUGUUCCCUGCCCCGUGUUCGUGCCCCGGGCGCCCCUUCACCAACUCUUAAACUUGACCUGUGAUCCUGACAAAGCCCACUGUUGCCUCGAGCGCGUCACGCAUCUGGACGAAGACAGCAUCUUGCCCUUCAACGCCACGGGAGACAUCACGACAGUAGAGGAGUUCAGGGACUUCCUCAAGAGCGUGGUCGAUCUACUCAUGCCUCGGAACAGCGGCGUCGUAAAUAGCUUACCUCUCGCAGCAGGAAGUCCCCAGCAGGAGUACGUCAGGAGUCUCUCUAGUAUGGAUUCGGAUGAGACUCAUUUAGAAGCAUCUCCUGGUAGCCUUGAGGAAGAUCCUGGUGUUGAAAGCGGCAGACAGAACUUCGGUUUCUGGCGUAGGCAGGAACCCAAUGAUGAGGUUAAUUCUAUCUAUUCGGACUCUGAUACCGAGACUAAUUCUUUAACAGACCAGCAGGUAUACACGCAUGAGUAUCUUGAAGGGUCAUCAUCUAAUGAAAAGAAUGACGAAGAUCCUCUGUUCCAUGCCAUAAAGGGCCUUGCAACAUUCCUUCUAAAUUCGGAGAAACAAACGAUCCUGGACCAUGCAAGUGAAGACCACGGGUUUGCGGCUGAGAACAACACAUCAUCGAUUUCGGAUAAGAUUGACGUUUUGAAGUAUUCAAAGCUCGGGUGGUUCUCUCGUGCUGUGGAGUACGCAAUAGACGGCUCCUUGUAUAUUGGGAUCGCCUUGGCUGUCAUGUACUUCACGAGCAUGAUUCUCUCGGGCCUGAUUUCAACAGUCGGCUCCACCUGCUUCAUCUGCGCCGUCCUUGGGAACCCCGAGCUCGCAGCCAUUGCCUAGGCCCUAUAGAGCUCCCUCUCAAAUGGGUCCUGGCGAGUGACAGGUGCUCUGAUGGGAGGUUUCCGUUCAUUAUGUGCGUCCAUGCUUUUUAGUUCUAUUGUUUUAGAUAUUUCCUUACUUUUAUUGAAUGCUGUUGUAUAAUUAAGUUUAUAU